CCUCGCGGUUGCUCGCGGUUGACGAGGAUCUGGGUUGAAGUUGACUGGCUGGUCCUAAAUAGUUGUGAAAAAUUGGUUAAACCAUCACAAGUUGGUGUCAGGUUGUGCCGAACGUCAAUCGGACGCGGGUUUGCAUUGACAGUCCGGCGGUCGCAUUGCGGAGACUGACCAACCACUACGCGAAAUUGUAAUGAUCGCUCGCGGAAGGAUUGUAGGUCUCCGGAGAUGAAUUGCAAUGGGAGGCCGCCUCCUGGUGGUGAGCGACAACGAGAUAUCUCGAUGGACGACAAAUCGAUCAUCACCUAUGCAGGAGACGAAGAGCUUUUUUCUACAUUGGAAAAUGCUUUGAUUCAAGCUCUGCCUACAGAUUCGGUCGAAUGGAAGAGGUCGUUUGGUCGGCCAAUUAAACAUGUGAAUCUCGAAGCUGCCUUCGUACCAUUUUCCAAAGAUGCUUUACCUAAGGAAACUGAUUGGCAUCUUAUCAAGCAGCCCAUAUUUCAUAUUUAUUGGAGCGAAUGUUCUGAUGUUGAUGUCUAUAAAUCGUCAGUUAAAGAUGAUAUAGAUGCUUGGAUGAAGACAUUAGGACGAUAUCAUAUCAACGAUUGGCUAAUUGUUUUGGUGGAGACGUAUGAUAUCAAAAAAAGCAAUAAACUCCUUCCUAGAACAACCGUUUUGGAUAAAAUCCGCAGUGAUUUUGCAACAAAACAGGGAGAUAGAUGCUUGUCCAUAAUAAAUCCAAUUAAGUCUGAAUCUCGUUCUGCCGAAUCAUGGAGAGGAUUGAUUGCACGAAUACGACAUUUAAUGUUAACAGCUUACGACAAGACAUUGUUACGUUUUGAAGAAGUAAUACGGGAACAGAGAGAAAGGAGAAACCAGCCAGGCUGGAACUUUUGCCAUUACUUUCUUUUACAAGAAGAACUCGCGUUCGUCCUAGAAAUGCUAGGUUUAUAUGACGAAGCACUGGUACAGUACGAUGAGUUGGAUGCUCUCUUUACACAGUUCGUGCUUAAUACCAAUGUCGGAGACACGCCUGCAUGGUUAAGCUCGUUCUUGACUCCUCUGAAUAAUUGGGGAGGAGUCAUGCUGGAUAAUAGCGUAGAUCAACAUUUGAGAUUUCUAUUAGCUGAGUGUAAAGCUUCCUUGUUGGACCUUAGGAGUUAUUUGUUCAGCAGACAAUGUGCCAUGCUCUUAUUUCUUAACAAACCCUGGGAAGUUGCAGAGAGAUGUUUAUCAUUUGUACAUAACACCAUCAGUGAACUACGUAUGCUGGAAGUUCAACAUUCCGAAGGGUCUAUCGAAUGUUGGGCUUUCCUGUGUGCACUCGAAGUACUUCAUGCUUGUCAGUUAUCUAAACCGAAUAUCGAUAAUGGACAACAGCAGGAUCUUUGUUCGGUACACACAGCUGGUCUGUGGGCUCUUGCAAGUGAGAAGCUUGGAGCUUUGGGGAAAUUAUGCGGACUUAUGCCUGGUAGCGAGCCAACUAGUGAACAGUUGCAUACUGUCGUUUAUCUCGUUGCGGGAAUGGGAGACUCGGAGCCGCAAGUAGAUGGCAAACCAACGCCAACCGAUAAGCUUAAAGAGGCGCUGUCAUCGAAAGAGGCGUUCAUCAAACAAUACCUCGAACAUGCCGAAUUAGCAAUGGGUACUUACAAACAUGUCGGUCGCAUCAGAUCGGCCAGAUUAAUUGGACAAGAUCUGGCAAGAUUUUACAGCGAAUUGGGAGAACAUCAGAAAUCUGUAGCUUUCCUGUCCGAUGCUUUGAAAACAUACACCGAUGAAGGAUGGUAUUGUCUAGCUGCGCAGACUCAGUUACAGUUGGCCCAAUGCUAUAAAAUGAUGGACGAUGUUGAAAAGUAUACGAAAAUUUGUGCAGCAAUUUCUAGCACUGAUUCGUUACAUGUCACUGUACGUAAUACGUAUUUCGAAGAGAUGCUGGCUAAUAUGAAGAUGUUGUCAAAUCCCCAGCCAUUGAUUACCGAUUUUGGGGACUGUUUUACGAUACUUAGUAUGGAGGUCAAUGUUACCGACAAAGUGAUUCAAGAUUGUAUCGUCAGUAUCGCUGUCAGUGUAAAAAGUUUACUUCCGAGGCAAGUUAAUUGCACCUGCGCGGCCAUUUCCGUCGAGGAACUUCAAAAACCCGCGGUACCUUUAAAUAAAAGGAAAGGAUCGAAGGCUGUGCCAGAACCACAGAUUGAUUUGUUACUGAAAUGUACCAUCGAAGACCUGAAACCUAUCGAUCCUUGUUUGCUGCGGUUUCCAUUUUACUUACACAUAGAGUGCAAACAGGACAAAAGCAUCGAUCUGGCUUGCGUUUUAUGCAAAGACGAGAAACCAAUUGUGAAGCGGUCCGACAGCACUAGACAUCGGAAACCCUCCGUAAACGUAAAAGGCGACUUCAGUAAAGCAUUGACGUGCAAUAAUUUCAUACUGAAGCCUGGCAUAAACACGUUCACGUUAACGAGGCUUGUGGAUCAGCCAGGAUUCUAUCGAACCAGUCAAUUGUCAUUAAUUCUCGAGGAGAAACUGGACUUCUUGUCGUCUGUCUUAAAUCCUCGAUUAUGCUAUCAAGUUGCCAAAACUCAGCCGACAAUUUACUCAAAAUGCACCAGAGACCUUUUAGCAGGCCUUGUACAAGACAUAGAAUUAAUCAUUUCAAACGGUAGUAUAAGAAUAACAGAGGAUGCCAAAUUAAAGUUGAGGACUUCGAGGGGUUUGACGCUUCUCUCGCCGGGAACUGAAAGAAAUAUGGUUAGAGAAUUGGAAGUGCCAUUACCGGUGUGCGAACCGUUUCAAACGACUAAGCUGGAAUUGAAAGUCUUUGCGGAACUUCCGCCGAAGAAGGACGCAUCUUCCCUGGAGCAUAAGGUGAACGUUCACUGUCCUUGGAACGCGGAAGAGAGCAUGGCGUUACAUUUUGGUCCUCCUUUCAUGUCAACGAUUAAACUCCACACUGCCAAGCAAAGGAAAUUCCUUCAGAUAAUCGUAACCGGCUUAACGUCUCAAUUACUACAACUGACCGAUCCUCAAUUAUCGACUAGCACGUCGGUGGAUGUCAGCUUCAAAAGCCUGAAUCCUGUUGCUGGCCAGAAAUUAGUAAUCGGAAGCGGAAUGAACGUUUCGUUUAUGUGGGAACUGGAAUUUGGGAAGGAUGAAAAGUUUAUAAUGCCCAUCAAGACCGACUUUCGCGUGAAAUACUUAGCAAUCAGUAAUGCAGAAGUCACGGACGAGUUGAGUGCAGAAGAUGACCCACUGCACAUACACAAGAUACAACGAAUAGAAGAGGAGAGUCAUGUCUACCGAUGCAACUUUGACAUCUCUGAUUACAUGACUCUAUUCACAGUGUCGUCCAGAGUCGAAGCAGGUGGAAGCAGCGGAGAGUUUUGUCGUGCCGGUAGCAUGUGCCACCUUUGUCUUACAGUGACACGCAUGUUACCCAGCCCAAAUUUGACCCCUCCACCUCAGCUUAUGUAUGAGGUUUUGGCUGAUCAAACCAUGUGGGCUGUUUGUGGACGUACCGCAGGCAUUAUAUCUCUGGAGACGCAGGAGAAACAAAGUGUUACUUUAGACGUGAUGCCUAUUACGAGUGGUUACUUGCCUCUUCCGAUUGUUAGAUUGUCUCGAUACAUCCCAGCGGCAGAAUUAAAAAACGACAUCACGAGGAAAAAUGAGAUAUUGUCUGGUCCAAAACUUGAACCAUUUAGUCCAGGACAAGUGUACAAUGCAAGUAAAGCUCAACAAGUUCAUGUAUUACCAGCUGUGCCCUCGGAAUAAAUUCUAGAUUAUCACUUUCGAAACAUUUGGUGGAAUAUAUGGUAAACCAAUGGUAAAAGGUCACUUCGGAAAAGGGUAGAUUGGUGUAAACGUACUGGUUACGGUUCAUUGGUUGUAACCUAAAAAUGGAAAAGUUACGUUUACUCAAAACUUGUACACGAUUGUUCUGUUCUGCAAUUACUUGUUUUAACUUUUUUUAUACCAAACUGCUGCAUUUUGACUUUAAAAGAUUAGUUAAUGUAUAUUCUGUCGAUAAAAAGAAUCAAAUUAUGAUACGUCAGUAAUUAUAUAAUGUAUAUAAACGAAGAGGUCAAAAUAAUUACAAGUAUGUUUAUUCAUUGGGAAAUGAUCUUGUGAAAUCUUUUUAUUUUUGCUAGUUCUAUUAUACGGGUCAAUAUGUGUUACUAUGAAUGUACAUAUGUAACUAACAAGUAGGCUAUAUUUUAAUAUGUUAAAGAAAAGUUCGUUCGUAAAGCUAGAUUAUCCAUGUUGUACUAAAAUUGUAAUGUUUAUCAUUACGGGUACAUUGAGUUACAUAACCUAUACUAACAAUUUCAACAAUUAUAUUACCAGAAUUGAUGCAAGCAGAAAUUAGAUCAGUGAAAAUGAUGUUAAUUGGACUUUUAAUAGGUGUGAUCAAAGGCAAAUGUAUACGUUACUUUUAAAAACAACACCCACAUUUGAUAAACAUUUCGGUAUAAUUAUUUCAAGUCUUUAUCCACUGAUUUACAUAGAUUUAUGGAAAUAAUACUUUUCGAAACUAUACUUCGUACUUACAAAAUCUACCAUUUUCGCGAGAAUACCAUUGAGAUAUUCCAUUGCCUUUCAAAAAUUAGUUCUGUGAUGUACGUAUAAAUAAUAAUACACAAAGUAGCCUCUGAAGUAUUAAUUUGCAUCUUCAUGCAUCUUUCAAGUCUGUAGGUAUCAAAUUUGUAAAGUCAUAGCUUAAAUUUUGUACGGAAAAUCGUUGUACGAGUUGUAAAUAAAUAACAAGCGUUUAUGGUAUCUAAUCUACUAUGCAGUAAUUAAAUCAAAAGUACAACAUACUUUUUACGUACCAGACAGACUCAAGUUAGGCAUUUGCUUAAAUAAAAACCUCAAUUAUAUUAUUUAGAGAAAGAACAGUGGGAAAUUUUCAUAUUUUGAAUCUGUAAUCUCUUACUUAAUACUUUCUAGUGACUGAAGCAUAGUUAACUACAGUUGAUAUGCAACUUGAAAACAUCACUGUUUAGACGACUGAAUUUUUUUUUAGUUUCUUCUGUAAAUAGCGUUGAAUACAGUAAGACUCGAUUUAAUCGAACUUCGUAAAUAUGUCGACACUGAGAGUAAUGAAAUCAAUUAAUUCAAACAGUCAUUCUCAUAUGAUUUAAGCGUAAAGCACGGAGUGCAUGAUGUGUUUCACUGUGAAUUAUGUGUUUCAAGGGAAAAUAUGAAUAUAAUAUAAAAUCAGAUAUUUGUCGAGUACCAACAAAUCUGUAUAUAUGUGCUAUAUGUAUGAUAUACAUUAAUAGAGAAUUUUCCUAUGAAUGGUAAUGUUCCAGAUAAAAUAACAUUCAUUGUUAUAUAGAGUUAUGCCAUGGAUCCAUAUUUCAGUAAAUGACAUGCUUUUUAAGUGGUUUCAUUAAUUUAACGAAAACGUAAUUGUAAAGAGAGACUUCAUGGUUAUAUCAAACACAUUACAUACGGAUGUGAUUAUUACGUUUUUUUCAACAUUUUUUCUAAUGUAACGCAUUAAAUACUCAAACUCACUGUUUAAUGUCACUGCAGCGGUACACUAAUUUGUCGUAGGAAUGGAAUCUUAUUUUAAAGAAACUUGUUAUUCCUUAGAAGUUGUCCUUAAGACUCGAGUAUAAGACGGAAAUUAAAUUAUAAUUAAAAAAUAUAAAGAUACUGCGUCGGUAUGGAUUUAAUGAAAUUCAUUCGUCGUGUCAUCCUAAGGAGGACUACGUUGUUUUAUCCUCUAGUAAUCACCAUGUGUUAUAAAUAUAUAGUAUUAUGCAGAGGAAUGUAUCCAAACUUAUAUAUAAUUGCUCUUUGAAAAUAUAUUUGCAGUGACGCAUCACAAUCGUUACAUUUGAAGCAAGUGUACUGUUCUGAAAAAAUAGAAUCUACAAAAUUUAUUUAUACUCGUAUAAGUACUUCAUAGAGUAGGCUGUUGGGCUAUAUUCAUAGUGGACAGAUUGCAUUGUGUUCUGCGUGCUUGAACAAUGAGACUGUACUCUGAAAAAGAGUAACUAACUUUGGAAUAUGAAUACCAAGCACAUACCAUAAAUAAACUAUGUACAGUAAAUUCUGUAUUCUUGUAUGUGGAGAAGUGUACAUUGUAUUAACAUAUUACAUACAAAUAGUCACGUGAUAUUAUAAUGUAAAAACGUGCCUUCAGAAUAUAACAAUUAAACAUUUAAGGUAACCGUAUAGAAUAUAAACAUACAAAUGUAUGAAUUUUAAUUUGAAUAUCGACAACUAAUUGCUUUCUUUAAAGCUUUGGAAUUCUGAGCAUUUGUAUAAAGUUUAGCGAAUACAUGCUUUAAAAGCAACAUUACGUUAAUUAAUUACAUUUCUUUACUAAUUUCACCACAAGCAAAACUAUGAAUACAGCUCUUCAGAAACGAAACUUGUUAGCGAAUUAAUCUAUCUAUUUAAAACCUACGCAAGGUAUACGUGCUGCCAAUAUUUAGGUUCGUUCAGUUGCUCUGUACAUGUAUAGACUAUAAAUAUAAAUACAGGGCACAUUAGGUUUAUUAGUCAUUACAGGGAAGAAAUUGCAACUCAUGACAUUUCAAUGAAUUAAUGAUAUUAGAAUUGGUUAUCGCUCAGACUUUUAAAUAUUCGUUUUAUUAUUGCAGAGUUUACUAAGUUUUUGAGAAAAGCUUCUUCAACUUGUAUUGUUAUAUAUUUUAAGAAAUGCAUUACUUGGCUGAAAUAAGUUAAAACUUGUAUGUACUAUGUAGAUGGUUGAAAUGUAAGUUUUAUUUUUUAUAUGUAUCGAAGAGCUGUAAAUAAAUCCCAUUCAUAUUGA